AUGCCAGUGCAGGUACCCAAUGUCGAAGUGCAGCAGAGUUUUGAUGACGAUCGAUCGCACAAGAAGAACGUCAAAAAGCUCGUCGCAUGCCCCAUGUCGACAGAUGUGAAAAUAGAGCAGAGAGGAGCAGCAUCGGCGCAGCGUAGGGUGUGCAACCUCGGCAUGUUACCAAAGAGGAAUAGUCGGUCGCUCGCAUGCUUCCCCGCAAACUCAUGCGUCGGUAUACUAGAAUGGGUUUGCACCUUGUGGAGGCUCCUGUUGUUGUUUCCGGCAUGCGGAAUAGUCAGUCGCUCGUGUGCUUCUCCACGAACCGCAUCGAUAGGUUUGCACAUUAGAGGGGCUACUAGUGGUGUUUCCGGUGUCAGUUACUCACGUGCUUCUCCGCAAACCCAUGCAUCGUAUAAGGUCUUCGGGAUUAGCACACAACGCAUAGAAAGUGUGCAAAAGAUACAAGUAGCUUUUACUACUAUAAGAAAGUAUAUUAGGCGAGUUUCCAGAGAUAGGCCUUGCAUUCCUUUGUCCGGAAACCCGCAUGCUCAAGGCGUUAGGACAACUGGACUGUGUUACCCUCAAUCUUACUCCCGAGCGGCACUCCAAGGUCGAAAGAACAACGGUACCGUGUGCCCACGCAUGAACUUCGUGGCUAGAAACACCGAGGUGAAGGGCGCGCAGCGCAAGAAUCCUUGA